UAAGUUGUUUCAGACACUGUCCCUGCUAGUUUUCGAAGUUUACUGCAAUCUCCACACACGGGGGGAGAGAGAGAGAGAGAGAGAGAGAGUACAGAGAGUGAGAGCAAUUGCCAGCAAGAGAACAGGUAGGGAGUAUAGGGCAGGGAUCAUUCCAGAUUCAGCAACUGGCAGGCAGAAAAUGCAGAAGGAAUUAAAUAUGAUGAAGAAUGAGAACAAUGUGGACAAUACACAGGCAUCUCCCUUGUCACGCUGCCUGCAGCCACUAGGCCCUGUCGAAAAGCCUCACAGAACUGUACCACUCAGUGAAGAGUUUGAAUCACAACUUGAACAGUUUCAGUAUGGUCCUUCCCUAGGGGAUAUAGAAACCUUCCAUGGAUCCUUGGAAGGAGGGUCCCGAAAACGCAAAAGCAUGCCCACAAAAAUGCCUCCUACUGUCACUCCAGAAGAUCCCACCUCACCUUCACACAGAUCUGAAGACAACAAUGUAGGCUCUCCCAGUCUUCCUUUGAUGUUUCAACAAUCCCCACAGCCCAAGUACAGCUCCCAAAUGAUAGACUUGUGUAACCUGGGCUUUCAGUUCUACAGGACUCUGGAGCACUUUGCAGCAAAGCCCAUUAAACAAGAAUCAGUAAAGCCUAGUAUGAUGUGGCCUAACACACCUGCUUUUGUGCAGUCUCCUUACUCUUAUUAUCCAAAAGUUCAUCCUGGCCUGAUGUUUCCUUUUAUUGUCCCCUCAAAUUUUCAUAUCAGGAAUCCCUUCCAAAUGAAAAGUCCACCAGAACCAUCAUUCAGGAGGACUGAAGCGAGGGAAAAUGGUGAAAACAAACAAAAGGUGGAAAGAGUAGAUGUCAAUCUCCAAAUUGAUGACAGCUAUUAUGUGGAUGUUGGGGGUGAACAGAAGCGCUGGCAGUGCCCAAUGUGUGAGAAGUCCUACACAUCCAAGUAUAAUCUUGUCACCCAUAUUUUGGGACACAGUGGUAUCAAACCUCAUGCUUGCUCUCGGUGUGGCAAGCUUUUCAAGCAACUGAGUCACUUGCACACACAUAUGUUAACACAUCAGGGCACUAGACCGCAUAAAUGUCAGGUGUGUCACAAAGCUUUCACCCAAACCAGUCAUCUUAAAAGACAUAUGAUGCAACAUAGUGACAUCAAACCCUACAACUGUAGAAUAUGUGGCAGAGGUUUUGCCUACCCAAGUGAGCUGAAAGCACACGAAUCCAAGCAUGAGAGUGGCAGAGAGAAUAUUUGUGUGGAGUGCGGUCUAGACUUUCCAACUCUUGCUCAGCUGAAGAGACAUUUAACAACCCAUCGUGGUCCUAUCCAGUACAAUUGCACAGAAUGUGAUAAAACUUUUCAAUAUCCAAGUCAGCUGCAAAAUCACAUGAUGAAGCACAAAGACAUCCGUCCAUACAUCUGCACAGAAUGUGGCAUGGAGUUUGUGCAGCCCCACCAUCUUAAACAACACUCUUUGACCCAUAAGGGUGUAAAGGAGCAUAAAUGUGGUAUUUGUGGUCGGGAGUUUACCCUGCUGGCCAAUAUGAAGAGGCAUGUGCUGAUCCAUACCAAUAUCAGAGCCUAUCAGUGUCACCUUUGCUUCAAGAGCUUUGUGCAGAAACAGACUCUCAAGGCACACAUGAUUGUUCACUCUGAUGUCAAACCCUUUAAAUGCAAGCUUUGUGGAAAGGAAUUUAACAGAAUGCACAAUUUAAUGGGACACAUGCACUUACACUCAGACAGCAAACCUUUCAAGUGUCUCUACUGUCCCAGCAAAUUCACCUUGAAGGGAAACCUCACCAGGCACAUGAAAGUCAAACAUGGGGUCAUGGAAAGAGGAUUUCAUUCUCAAGGUUUUGGAAGAGGAAGAAUUACACUGUCCCAAGCAAGUGUCUUGAGAAGCUUGGAACAGGAAGAGCCUUUUGAUCUUUCCCAGAAAAGCCAAGGGAAAGGAAUUUCUUUUCAUUCUGAUGGUGAGAGUGCCAAGGGAAGCUCAUGUCAGGAGGAAGAGGAAGACAACUGCUACGAAGCAGAGCAGUACAGUCCUGGCAUGUACCAUGAUGACAACAGCAAGCUGUAUACACCUCAAGAUCUGUCUGGCAAACCAGAAUGUAUAAUGAAAGAUUUCAGGGAGUCUUACUGUGAUGAGAAGGAGGAAAUACUGAGCGAGGAAGGAGUGGAAAAGAGGAAAGGAAAUCCAGACAGAGAAGAAAACCAAGGAAAGAGAAACUUUUCAAACAACAAAGAAUGCAUGAGCUUUAAACCCUUUGAAAAGACUAGAUUCAGCCAUUCUCUGUCUGAUUAUCUUUACUUCAAACACAGAAACAAGAGUUUAAAAGAACUACUGGAAAGGAAAAUGGAAAAACAAGCAAUGCUUAUAAGCAUCUAAAUGGGCCACUUAAGUUAUAACUGGAAACAGGAAGUAGGCAGCUCAAAUAUUAGUUUUAACAUGAACUUUACCAAAGAGUGAGUUUGUAAUGGUCUUUGAGGAUGAACCAGAUCAAAUCGAUACAGAUAAUUUGAGGUAAACAUGUAGAUAAUCUAUUGCAUUUCUUUGCAUCAUUGGACUGCUUUAUUUUUUUAAGGUAAACUAACAUUUUUAUACAUACCGUUUAAUGUAUCAGCAGACCAUAAGGUGGGUACAGAGGUUUUAUUUUCCUUUGUCUAGGACAAUAGAGAAUAUUCCAGUUACCAAAACACAAUGUACUGUAGUGUUUGAUGUAUUAUAUGUCUAAGGAACAUGUAAAAACACUUAUUACUGUAGAUGUCACAAGAUCUGAAGAUAAUAAGUAUUUUUAAAUAUAUGCAAAAGUACUGCUAAAUAUGUAUGCAUGAAAAUACUGCCUGCCAUGCAAUCUCAGAACUAACACCACCAAGAAGUUCUGAGUUACUGAAAAUGACUACUUUAAUAUAGCUGUUUGCAGUGGCGAAUGGGAAACAAAAUAAAAGGAAACUUGAAUGUCUUGUCAGAUGGAGAAUAACAGCUUUCUAAAGCACAGCCCAGUUAAAGUCCUGGGAUUGCUUCAGGUAACAAGCUUUUAUGACACACGGGAUCUUGAUGCUUUUCUGCACUUCUGUCAAUAUGGGAGAACUUAUCAAUUCUUCAAAUGAAAGUGCUUGGACUGAGCUGACAUUUUACGUUACUGUCAUGCAGACCAGUACACUUGAGCAGCAGCACACAUUACAUUUGCUAUAAUUGUGCAUAAACAAUAAGAGUGAGAGAGAAUUCAUUUCAUUGAGGAAAUGAUUAAAUUGUGGUCAGUUGUCUCUCAGCUUGAGCUUGAAGGUCAGUGAUAAUUUGAAAUUCAAUAUACAACUGGUUUUGUUUUAGAAGAAUCAGUGUCAAACAAAACAGCCCUCCCCACACCAGAACACCCCAUAGAAAGCAAUGACAACUUCCUGUAGUUCAAAUCACCUUCUAUUGAACUCACAAAUUGUUUCUCAUUAAUGCAACUGACCUAUAGGAUCCAAUCUUUAAACAUAAUUAAUAGAAAAUAGAGUUUCACUCAUGCUGUUCUUUAUGAGUCAGUCUCUCAAAUUUUUAUCUUCUGACUCAUGUCUUAUUUUAUGUUACUGGGCAGGGAGCAUUUAUUUUUAAUUCGUGCCAUUACGUUGUCAUUGAGUAUUUAUGUGGAACACUUAGAACUACUGGUCCUUUUCUCUGCCCACUAGAAAUGAGUUGUUCAGAGCACAUUCCUUCCAAUAUAUAAUUUGUUUGACCACUGCCCUGAUUCCUGCAACUUCAAGAUUUAUAACAAACAGCCCCAGACUAUAUUGUUACUUAAAAGGGAAGUGAUAAAGUCUUAAUACCUGGCUGAUUAAUUUCUUGUCAUUUUAAGAUCCUGAAUUGAUAAGUAAACAUGUGCUAAGAUUUUAUAUACAGGUAUAUAAUAUAUUGAAAACAAUUUCAUGUUUUAUGUACCUGACACAUCCUUAAUUUUGAACUCUGUGCACCAUGCAAUAAAGGAGAUCUACAGCAUAGGAAUUUGAUAUGCUACACACUUAUUUUAUAUAAAUCAUAUAUUUAUGUGUUGUUAGGUUUAGAGACCUGUUACUUCUGCUUCAAAAUCUCAGCUGUCUACCACUCAGGAAACCCCCCCUUGGUUUACAUAAGUCAUGGUUCUCAUACCCUUUGUCUGAGCAUGCUAUUACAUGGCAAUAUCACCCAUUUGUAGGCACAUGCAGACAAUCCGCAGCAGGAAAUGUGCGGUGGUGUCUGUUCACCUGCCAAACAGGGGACACAACAUGAAACACAGACUCUGAAUAAACAGCACAAAAACAUGGCUCUUACAGGACACUUAAGGAGAUGGGGUUCAUUUCUACACUGGCAUUUUUAGAAUAAAUGCCAGGUUACACUGCAUCUGUUUGAACUGUAGGUAAUUUUAGGACUAUAAUGUAUGACAUUCCUCAAAAUGAGGUACAUCUGAAAGGCAUGAGGUGUAGGUAUUUUAUGGUAGGUCCGGGCCAUUUUGUCAAAUGCAUUUAGGUUCUGCAUUAUUUCCAACAUGAGACUACCCAUCCCAGUAGUUGCAUUAUAAAACAGACCUUGUUCUUAGGUAUCUAUUUGGCAGUCAGACAGCAGACACAAUGGGCAAAGGAAAGGGCUUGGGCAUCAGGAAACCUGGAUGAUAUCUCAGGGUCUGACACCAAAUUGCUGAGUCACAUUGGGCAUGUUGCUUCAUCCUCAUGCCACAGAUUUCCCUACCAAGUGGGAAGUCAUGUCUCCUUUGUAAUAUACUUUGAAAUCUAUGAGUAAAAAGAGCAGAGUUAGGCAGAAGGUAGGGCAGAGUGGCACCAUAGAAACUAGAAGGAUUAGAGGGACAUGAGCAUUCAUAAGUAACAACCUCCUUUGUCAGACGCUAUGUGAAGAGCGAUGCUAUGUGAAGAGCUAGGUCACGUCAUUUUGUGAUAGGAGAAGUGAAGGGCAGGUCUGCACUGCUUCCAACAGUGCUGGGGGGGCAUCACAAUGAAGUAUGCACUACAACUUCUAGAGGCAUACUAGAACUGGUGGUCAACACUUGCAUGUGCUCAGCACCACUGCUAAGCUUUCUGCUGUAUGGUUAGGACCACUCUAAUAUCAGCUACAUUACAUGUUUUAGCAUCUUCCACACACUGAGUGGAAGCAAGCGAGCAGAGCCUACUUCAUGGUGAUGCUCCUAGGUGUGACAUGAAGGGAGUGCAGAUGUCCCCAAUCAUUCAUGUGACAAAGUAUCCCAGUCAAAAGACACAAAUCAACAUAUACUCCCUCAACAGAAGCUUGUGCCAGAAGGUUUUCAAGGGUUUGGUAUUCACAAUCAGCUGGACUUUUCAAAACAGCUCAGCUCCCACUUAGGCACCAAAGUGGCUAGAUGUUCAGAAGUGCUCACUAGGAUGCAGAUGUUUUUUUAAAAACCUGGCUUCAGGUGGGGCUGCUGCACACUUGAAAAUCUGGAUAUAUGAGCACAGUUGAUGAGGUCUGAUCCUUGUGGGUAACCAGUGGAAAAGCUGUGGCACAAUUAUAUGGUAUUCAGAAUUCUUUUAUGAAUAUUAGGGAGUCUUUGGUGAAGUAAGUGAGUGCAAGUAUAUUAUUUUGCCUAGACAGGUAACCCAAAGCUUUUAACCACACCUUUGCAGAGAUUAACUCUACCCUGUUAUAUGAUCUCCUCUUACCCUUAAAGCAAUAGCAACAGCCAUCACAUACAGUGCUGUAGCGGAAAGGAAGGGGUGGUCUACACUAAAAUGAUGACACCAUUUAGAAAUAAGCUCUGUGGUUGGAAAACAUGAUGUAAAUCCCCUUCAUCACAGCCAUCCUACAAAGCAGAGAAUAUCAUACUUCCAUGAGUCUCUCAGACUGUGCCAGCCUCCCUGUUUCUCAGCCACCAUGCACUGCAGGCUGAUUCAUUUUAGAUCAAUAAAGAACUCCUCUAAAACAGAUGUGUUCAACUCCCAGGCCACAGGCCGGAUCCGGCCCACAGAGCUAUGCUAUCCAGCCUACAGGGGACCCCCAUGGGCCUGAAAAUUUGGCAGUAUGGGAGUGGUAGCACCAGUUGCGCUCCCCUACUGCUAUAUUUCUAAAUCCAUUUUGUGGAGAUGACCCAGGGUCCAAUCUGGGCACACGGGCUAGCUACAGGGCCCAAUUCAGCAGGUGGUGCAUGCCCCAGGGAUACAGUGCAGGGCCCCAAUCUGGCAGUUCAGGCCCUGGGGAGAUGGUGCAGGACUGAGAUAGAACAAUGGCAAAAAGCAACAUAGGUAAAGGGAUUCCCAAAUGACCCUCCAUUCAGAGGCACCUUCCCAUCUCAGAAGAUAGUGUAGCUGAGAGACCUGUUACACAGAAACCUCAAGGGGACAUUUUAGGAUGGGACAUCA